AUGGCAUAUACAUCACAUAUCCUAGAUCAAGUAAAGACUCUAGGAUUCUGCCAAGCUACGGCUACAUCCAUUUCAUUAGGAAUUGAUGACCUUUUAACAAUACCUUCUAAAGGAUGGCUAGUCCAAGAUGCUGAACACCAAAAUUUGAUUUUGGAAAAACAGCAUCAUUAUGGGAAUGUACAUGCGGUAGAAAAAUUACGCCAAUCCAUUGAGAUAUGGUAUGCUACAAGUGAAUAUUUUCGACAAGAAAUGAAUCCUAAUUUUAGAAUGACUGAUCCCUUUAAUCCAGUCCAUAUAAUGUCCUUUUCGGGAGCUAGAGGAAAUGCAUCUCAAGUACACCAAUUAGUAGCUCGUAAAGGGGUUGUAGAUAUUGUUGUACGAACAUCAGAUGUUGGAUAUCUUACACGUAGACUUGUUGAAGUGGUUCAACAUAUUGUUGUACAUCGAACAGAUUGUGGUACCAUUCGAGGAAUUUCAGUGAAUACUAAGAAUGAAAUGAUGCCGGAAAGUAGUUGGAUACAAACAUUAAUUGGUCGUGUAUUAGCAGACGAUAUAUACAGAGGUUCACGAUGCAUUGCCGUUAGAAAUCAAGAUAUUGGAAUUGGACUUCUCAAUCGAUUUAAAACCUUUCAAACACAACUAAUAUCUAUACGAACUCCUUUUACCUGUAGGAAUACAUCUUGGAUCUGUCGAUUGUGUUAUGGUCAAAGUCCUACUCAUGGUCACUUGGUGGAAUUAGGAGAAGCUGUAGGUAUUAUUGCGGGCCAAUCCAUUGGAGAACCGGGCACUCAAUUAACAUUAAGAACUUUUCAUACUGGCGGAGUAUUCACAGGGGGUACUGCAGAACAGGUGCGAGCACCUUAUAAUGGAAAAAUUCAAUUCAAUGAGGAUUUGGUUCAUCCUACACGUGAUAUAACGCAAGGUCUUCCAAAAGUAGAACGGGGGCGUUCCUUAGAAGAUUUGGUUUGCUAUCGAGUUCUAUUAUUGGGGAUAACAAAAACAUCUUUGAAUACUCAAAGUUUUAAAUCUGAAGCAAGUUUUCAAGAAACUGCUAGAGUUUUAUCAAAAGCCACUCUCCGAGGUCGCAUAGAUUGGUUGAAAGGUUUGAAAGAGAACGUUGUUUUAGGGGGAAUGAUGUCAGUUGGUACCGGAUUCAAGAGAAUAAUACACCGUUUAAAGUAA